GCGUAAGCGGAGCGGAGAGAGGCACGGUGGCACGCGCGCGCGUGUGUGUCUGUUUCAAUGUGUGUGUGUGCACGCGGUAAUGGAUUACCUAGCGGCAGCAGCGGUGAGGGAGGCGGCGGCGGCGGCGGCAGUAGUGUGCAUGUGGGCUUGAGCCGGAGCUGAAGCAUCCGGGCCGAACUGCGCAGAGAUGCGGCGCCCGUAAACGCAACAUGCGGACACACCGCCUCACCUCCUCGCUGAUAUCAUGGUUUUUAAAAAAACACCUCUGAGAUAAAUCUUUUUUUUUUGCGUUUGUUUUGAAAUGGCGGCGCUGAAGUCGAGGUGAGCAGCUCCGUUGCUCGGGGAGUGCGCACUUUUUUCUUUCCUCGCUGCUUUGCCAGGGCAAACAGCCAACACAGAUAAAUCCGCUUUUUGUUCUGUUUUUUUUUUUUCCACCUCUCUUUGCACGAGGAAUCAUGACGACGGGGCAGGAUGAAAGCUCAGUCCGUGUGGCGCUGAGGAUUCGUCCUCAGCUGGCCAGGGAGAAGAUCGAGGGAUGUCACAUCUGUACGUAUGUGAUGCCCGGGGAGCCUCAGGUGAUCCUGGGGAAAGACAAGGCCUUCACCUACGACUAUUUGUUCGACAUGGACUCCCAGCAGGACACCAUUUACGCCAGCUGUGCAGAGAAGCUGAUCGACGGCUGCUUCGAAGGCUACAACGCCACCGUCUUUGCAUACGGACAGACGGGUUCAGGGAAGACCUACACCAUGGGGACGGGCUUUGAUGUCAACAUUACAGACGAGGAGCUGGGCAUCAUCCCCCGUGCCGUCCAUCACCUCUUCAAAGGCAUCGAGGAGCGUCGACAAGCCGCCCAGGAGGAGGGACGCCCCGUACCGGAGUUUAAGAUCAACGCCCAGUUCCUCGAGCUUUACAAUGAGGAGGUUCUGGACCUUUUUGACUCCACACGAGACAUGAAGCAGAAAUCUCACAUACGGAUCCACGAAGACGCCACCGGAGGAAUCUACACAGUGGGAGUGACCACACGGACCGUGUCCUCCGAGGCUGAGAUGAUGCAGUGCCUGAAGCUGGGCGCUCUGUCUCGCACCACAGCCAGCACUCAGAUGAACGUCCAGAGCUCUCGAUCACACGCCAUCUUCACCAUCCACCUGUGCCAAGUCCGCGUUUGUGCCUCCGACAAUCAAGAAAAUAAGACAGACAACAGAGUCUCCAACGGGAACUCUGAGAUGGACGAGUACGAGACGUUGACGGCCAAGUUUCACUUUGUGGACCUGGCUGGUUCUGAGAGGCUGAAGAGAACCGGAGCGACAGGCGAUCGAGCCAAAGAAGGCAUCUCCAUCAACUGUGGACUGCUCGCUCUGGGGAAUGUAAUCAGUGCUUUGGGCGACCGGAGCAAGCGGGCCUCACAUGUGCCUUACAGAGACUCCAAACUCACCCGACUUCUGCAGGACUCAUUAGGAGGAAACAGCCAAACAGUGAUGAUCGCAUGCAUCAGCCCGUCUGACCGUGACUUCAUGGAGACGCUGAACACGCUCAAGUACGCCAACCGAGCCCGGAACAUCAAGAACAAGGUGAUGGUGAAUCAGGACAAGGCCAGCCAGCAGAUCAGCGCUCUGAGGACGGAAAUAGCUCGACUGCAGAUGGAGCUGAUGGAGUACAAGACGGGUAAACGCAUGGUGGGCGAGGACGGCGUGGAGAGCUUCAGCGACAUGUUCCACGAGAACUCCAUGCUGCAGACGGAGAACAGCAACCUGAGGGUGAGGGUGAAGGCCAUGCAGGAGACCAUCGAUGCUCAGAGGGCGCGGCUCACUCAGCUGCUUAGUGACCAGGCCAACCAGGCCCUCGCCAGAGCAGGUGAAGGAGGAACAGAGGAAAUUGGAAACAUGAUUCAGGGUUACAUCAAAGAAAUCGAGGACCUCAGAGCCAAACUCCUGGAGAGCGAAGCCGUGAAUGAGAAUCUGAGGAAGAAUCUGUCUCGCGCCUCCAACCGUCAGUCGUUCUACGGAGGGCCCGGCUCCUUCUCCUCCUCGCUGCUGGCCCCCGAGAAGGAGACAUCUGAUAUCAUCGAACUGGCCAAGAAAGACCUGGAGAAACUGAAGAAACGAGAGAGAAAGAAAAAGAAAAGACUCCAGCAGCUGUUGGAGGAGAGAGAGAGGGAGGAAAGGGAGGAGGUGGUGGUGGUGGAAGAGGUUGAGGACGCCAGCGCCAACAAGGAGGAAAUUCCUGACAAUGAGCAAGAAAAAGGCUCUGAGAAGGAAAUGGCUGAGCGAGUCAGCGAGGACGCUGAGAUGGAGGUCCAGGAGGGCAGCGACCAUGAGGAAGGAGAAGAGGAAGAGGAGGAGGAAGAGGAGGAGAUGGAUGUGGAGGAGAGCUCCGAUGAUUCUGACUCUGAGUCAGAUGAAAAAGAGAACUACCAAGCAGAUCUGGCCAACAUCACCUGUGAGAUCGCCAUCAAACAGAAGCUGAUCGAUGAGCUGGAAAACAGCCAGCGGCGUCUUCACACGCUCAAACAGCAGUACGAACAGAAGCUGAUGAUGCUGCAGUGCAAGAUCAGGGACACCCAGCUGGAGAGGGACCGCGUCCUCCAAAACAUGAAUACAGUAGAAAGCGGCACAGAGGACAAGGCUCGCAAAAUCAAGGCCGAAUAUGAGAAGAAGCUGAGCGUCAUGAACAAGGAGCUUCAGAAGCUGCAGUCUGCUCAGAAGGAGCACGCCCGCCUGCUGAAGAACCAGUCGCAGUAUGAGAAGCAGCUGAAGAAGCUUCAGAUGGACGUGGCAGAAAUGAAGAAGACAAAGGUCCGUCUCAUGAAGCAGAUGAAGGAGCAGCAGGAGAAGAACAGGAUGAACGAAUCUCGCAGAAACCGUGAAAUUGCUACCUUGAAGAAGGACCAGCGCAAGCAAGAGCAUCAGCUGAAGUUACUGGAGGCUCAGAAGAGGCAGCAGGAGCUCAUUCUGAGGAGAAAGACUGAGGAGGUGACGGCUCUGAGGAGGCAGGUCAGGCCCACCUCGGGUAAGGUCAUCAGGAAAGUCAAUAUCCCAGAACCAGUCCAGGACUCCCCCCACAGACCUCCAUCUGGACGUAUGUACUCCUCCGGCAACACAGCUCCUAACGGCACUCGGUGAGUCUGUGUGGGCGUAACAGUCGGUGUCUACUCCACCAGAGUUGCUCGUAAUAAAUGGCAGUGUCUGGAGCGACGCAUCUGUGACAUCAUCAUGCAGAGGAUGACCAUCUCCAACAUGGAGGCCGACAUGAACCGCCUCCUGAAGCAACGGGAGGAGCUGACCAAGCGUAAAGAGAAGGUCAUCAGGAAGAGGGACCGGCUGGUCAGGGAGGGGCCAGAGGCAGAGAAGGCAGUGCCUCCACUCAACGAGGAAGUGGAUGCACUGACAGCCAACAUCGACUACAUCAAUGACAGCAUCGCAGACUGUCAGGCCAACAUUAUGCAGAUGGAGGAAACCAAGGAGGAGGGCGACACAGUGGAUGUUUCUGCUGUGAUUGGUUCUUGUACCUUGGCAGAGGCUCGUUUCCUGCUCGAUCACUUCAUGUCUAUGGCCAUAAACAAGGGUCUGCAGGCGGCUCAGAAGGAGUCCCAGGUGAAGGUGAUGGAGGGCAGGCUGAAGCAGACGGAGAUCACCAGCGCCACACAGAACCAGCUGCUCUUUCACAUGCUGAAGGAGAAAGCCGAGUUCAACCCGGAGCUGGACGCCCUGCUGGGGAACGCUCUGCAAGAGCUAGGUAACAUCCCAGCCGAAAAUGGUGAUGAUAGCAGCAGUGAUGAGUCUGCCCAGAGUCCUUCAGCAGAGGGAACCACUUUAGCAUCAGAUCUCAUGAAACUCUGCGGAGAGACCAAAACAAGGAAUAAGGCUCGCAGGAGGACCACCACUCAGAUGGAGCUGCUGUAUGCAAACUCUGACUCUGCCCCCGACGCGCCCACAGCAGACUUCUCCAGUCCGAUGCUGCCGUUAGCCGAGACACCAGAUGGGGGAGGAGACAUGGACACGUCAGGCUCAUCAGUCAGGGACUACACAGCUCUCUCCCCCGGCUUUUCCUCUAAAAUGGGCAGCAUUUCUGGCUCCAGAACUCCAUCAGGGGUGGAAAGGCGAGCGCCGGAGCCUUCCCCGCUCUCUCGCAGGAAGACCUAUGACAAGGCGCAUGCAGCGGCCGAAAGGGCAAAGGUCAAGGAGAUUAAACAGGGCGUCAUUAACCCGGUUCCACCCACUAAGAGCAGUCGGUCGGCGACGUUGCAGUGUGUCCACGUGGCAGAGGGACACAGUAAAGCUGUUCUCUGUGUCGACUGCACCGAUGACCUUCUCUUCACAGGAUCCAAAGACCGGACCUGUAAGGUGUGGAACCUGGUGACGGGGCAGGAGAUAAUGUCCCUGGCCGGUCACCCCAACAACGUGGUGUCUGUCCGCUACAGCUCCAGUUUGGUCUUCACUGUCUCAACCUCCUACAUCAAAGUCUGGGACAUACGGGACUCGGCCAAGUGCAUCCGAACGCUAACGUCGUCUGGUCAGGUUAAUGUUGGGGACGUCUGCGCGUCUAACACCAGCCGAACUGUCACCAUCCCAGCAGGAGAGAACCAGAUUAACCAGAUCGCUCUCAACCCCAACGGGACGAUUCUUUACGCCGCCGCCGGAAACUCAGUCAGAGUCUGGGAUCUGAGAAGAUUUGCAUCCACUGGGAAACUUACUGGUCACCUUGGUCCAGUAAUGUGUCUGACUGUGGAUCAGUCUGGAAACAACCAAGACCUGGUGAUCACCGGCUCCAAGGAUCAUUACAUUAAGCUCUUCGAUGUGACUGAAGGUUCUCUGGGGAGCAUCAGCCCCACACACAACUUUGAGCCGCCACAUUACGACGGUAUCGAGUCACUGGUGGUGCAGGGGGACAUUUUCUUCAGCGGCUCCCGAGACAACGGCAUCAAGAAGUGGGACCUGGACCGCAAAGACCUGCUGCAGCAAGUCCCAAACGCUCACCGUGACUGGGUGUGUGCGCUGGGCGUCGUCCCCGGCUCCCCGGCCCUGCUCAGCGGCUGCAGAGGUGGGGUGCUCAAGCUGUGGCAUACGGACACACUGGGGACCCUGGGGGAGCUCAAGGGUCACGAGAGCCCCAUCAACAGCAUCUCUACCAACAGCAGCCACCUGUUCACUGCCUCAGAUGACCGGACCGUGAAGAUCUGGCGCGCUCGCGGUGGACUGGACAGCACCUUAGAGGCGGUUGACAAUGUGGACGAGGUGGCGAGUAACUGAACACAACACCACCUGCUGGGGUUUGACUCUGGAAGGACAUUAACGGCAUCAUUUGAUGCUGCUUCCCUGCACUUUGUCCCCUAACUUCUGAAGCCCAAUGCUCACUCCUAAAACACACACACACACACACACCGUCAUUAUGACUGCACCAAGAGGAAACACUAAACUAAUGUCAUCUCAAGAGAAACUAACACGAUUGUUUUAGAUUCUGUCCUGCUAAUCAGCUUUAGUUCACUGUAAUGUUAGUGAGUCUUUGCAGUAUAAACUCAUUUUUUCUCUUUUGCGCUGUAGACAGUUCUUCACCAUAAGAACUCACGCUCACACACACUCACGAGACCGUUAUUUAAGAGUUAACACUCAGAAAAUAUCUCUGCAGCUCAGCAUAUAUUCAGCGCUGUGCCAGGAAACAAUACAUCAACAGACACACAAUUACCCAGGGAAAAGGGUAGCAGUGUGUUGUGGUAGAUUAGGGACAAAUAGACAGGAAGAUGGGUGUUAGAGGAGAAAAAGGUUGCAGAGCUAACAGGUUGGUAGCUGGUCUUCACAACCCAGUUCUCCGGUUUCUAGGGAUUAUUUCUCUGCACUUGGGGCAGAACAUUAACAAAAGUGGCUUUACUGUAUGUGAAAAAGACAAAUCACCAUUCCCCUUAAACUUCCCUCUCCUGCUUUUUUUUCUCCUCUCUUUUCAAUCUCUGCAGCUGCUUUAGAUCAGAUGCACUGCGCUCGUACACAGAACACACUUUACAGUAACCGUCUCACUUCAAGCAAAAGUUUGACAUUUUGGGAAAUACGCUUAUAGCUUUGAUGCUAAAAGUUAAAUGAGUAGAUCGAUACCAGUCCUAUAUCUGUCAUAUCACGAGUUGUUAUGUUAAAUGGAGGGCUGCAGCCUUAGCUUAGCAUUAACACUGGAGACAUGGGGAAACAGCUAACACAGUCUCUGCCCAGAGAAAACUAAAUCUCUAACAGCACCUCCUAAAGCUCAUUAAUUAACACAUUAUGUCUUGUUUUUUAAUCUGUGCAAAAACCUAAGUGUGAAAAUGACAAUUUGUGGUUUUACAGAAGCAACUUCUUACACUUUGUGUCAGAUCCAACAAACAAGAGGCUCAGAAUUUGUUACCCUGAGCCAGAGCCAGGCUAGCUCUUUCCCCCAGUUCCCAUUAUUUAUGUUAAGUUAAGCUAACUGGCUGUCGGCUGCUGCUUGAUAUUUACUGUUCAGAUGAGAGCGGUGUUGAUCUUCUCAUCCAACUCUCAGCAAGAAAGCAAGUACAUGUAGCUCCCCAAAUGUUGACCUGUUCUUUUAACUCUAGAGCACUUGUGAAAACAGACAUAACUAGUAUUUGACGUACAUUUAAUCCUUCUUAAAUAAGAGCAGGUUCAGCGUUUGAGUCUACGUUUCAUCGUCCAAAUGUAUGUUCACUCUUCACACGUUGCUGUUAACACUCACUGAACCUACACUACUGAGUUGUCGUCUAACUCCCAUGCUGCUAAGUCGUGUGCUCACCUUCUUCAACCCUAUAUGAGGGCUUCUCGUCGUGGACUCCGGGUGAGGUCCACUCGGUACCGUAGCAAUGUGUAUGUAUAUAUAUGUAAUAGUAUCUUUUUGUUUUGGUUUUUGAGAGGAGAGGCCUUCAGACUCUGCCCAGUUUGUGAGCCUAACCACAUCGACUGACGUCUGUCUCCCAGUUCUGAUCCUUGUGGGGCCUUCCUGGAGACUCUCGUGGUCUCCCAGAUGUAACUAAUCUGUCUGUCGCAAUUGUGUGCUGUCACUUUUGAAUGUCUGGUGAAACAGCAGCUGUAGGCAUUAUUCAAAUACAUAUCUAAUGUAUGUAAACAAUGUAUUUAAAAAAAAUCUGACUGAAUGUUAGUUUUGUGGGACCACCGAUCUGAACACGGUCUCACCUGAGAGCCGACUGGACCAGAAUUGGCGGGAAGACUGACGAGCAACAUUAAUAAUGGAUGGAGCUUUUCUUCCAGUGAGGUGGCAAGUUAUGUUUAGUGGCCUAUGGUUAGUUUUUUUUUUCCCUUUGUUUUGUUUAUUAUGCUGUCCCUGUUACACAUAUCCUGGGCGUUCCCCUCUGGAGUUUUAGUAGCCAUUCCCAAGUGGCGGACUCUGUAGCGAUUCUAAUGUCAGAUGCCUGAUGAGAAUAAACGCCAUCUGUCAAAAACAAACAA